CAGCAAAGGAGAAAGAGGAGGAAGAGGACUAGAAGAGCAAGACACUCUCCUGUGGUCAGCCCUGGCCUGCGGAGGAUUCCUGCGCUGGAUCUCUGAGGGAUGCUGGUGCCCUCUCUCCAGCACAUUCCUGAUGCCCUUGCUGACACAUGUGUCCUCUGGGCCCUCUCCUGAAACCUGACCCUCCGGGGUGUCUUCUGGCCUCACCUCUUCUGUCCAGUUCCAGCAAGCUCACUUUGCUUAGCGUUUGAAUCCCUUCCUUCACUGUCUGCCGUGACAAUUCGGGCCUUUCGCCGUCACUCAGGCCUGGACCAUCACUGUUGCCCAUCCCAUGCCAUCAACAGGUUUGCCCCAUCCCUUCGGCUCCCUACCAGGGCAUUCAGUUGUGUUGAGCAGCAGAGUGUCUCCAAGUCCCUUAUCUAGCCUUCGUUUCCAGCCCCCACUGGUUGAGCUGCAUCCGGGUCCCAUCCCACCGGGACCCCCCGGGGGAUGCAGGUGCAUGCUGAUCCUGCAGCUCCUCAGGGGUGUCAUCGCUUUCCCCCUUCCCAGACCCAGCACACCCUGCCUGCGGCGCUGUGCUGCACCUUCACUCUGGUCACGGGUCUGGCAGUCGGCUCACCAAUUCCUCCUGCUUCCCUGGGACUCGCCGGCUUUUAGCACUGCAAUUCACUCAGCAAACUGGGACUGUUGGUCACCCUACCUGGCAGCCAGUGAUAAGGUGAGGGCCACUCCUGGGAGGGAGGACACCUGUGGGGAAAAUUCUUGUGUUAUUUAUUUCUCCUUCGGGAUAUGGUGUCUGCGGCGCUUCAUGGCAGGGAGUGGGCUGAUGCUGCGGGCUCAGAAGUUUCAAGGGCAUCUGGGGAGACCAGAUAUUCCGAGACCUUCUCCUAGAUGUGCCUGUUCCAUGUAUCGGGGACGCAGGUUUUCCCAACAGGGCUUGUGUCAUUGGCAUGACAGACCUGCCUUGGCUGAGCGUUCAACUGUCUUUGGAGUUCAGCCACCUUAGCAAGUCCUGGGUUUGUUCUUCAGACUUUGCUGCUCGCCCAUUGCCUGGAUCAGGGGCUGCUUUGUAAACCACCAGGAAGACUCCAGUGUUUCUGCUUAAUUUUUAGAUGUUUGUUAAUUGCUCUUGGCCUCUCAUUAAUCCCCUGUGGGUCAUCCAGGAAACAUACUCACCACUGUCUGUUCUCUGAGUUUUCAUUUCCAGGCAUCUGCCCUGCCUGGAUCUCCUCACCUGCCAGGAACUUCCUCUCCACGAGCCGGCCAUCCCAGCAAAAGUUCUAACACCAAAGGUCUGGCAACUAGCCUGCCAUCUUGUGCCUGGAGCCGCCUGCGUGCCACCUACCCCCGAAGAUGGGAACCUCGUUGCCAGUUGGGCAGAUGCAGGGCAAUC